AUGGCUCACUUAUCGCCGCCCCCUUCGCCACCGGUAGGGCAGUCCCCUCCGGCCGUCAACGCGCUGAACGCCCUCAACGCUUCCUCCGCCAACCUGAUCCAGCGAGCGUCCGCCUUCAGUUCCGUGCUCGGGCAGAAAUGGAACCCAAGGGAUUUGCUCCUGCUGUACAAUCCGCUGUUCUAUUCCGGCGCUGCCUUCCCGUGGCCUCAGUUCCUGCUGCCCCAGCAACCGAUCACUCCGGUUUCACCGAAUCUAAACACUAGUCGCGAUUACACGCUAACACCGGAGAAGGAAGAAAUUAUCGACGAAGAUAUGCCCCUGAAUCUCUCGAUGAAGCCUUCCUCCUCGACACCGAACGCUCGUCAGGCGGCACUGGCCCACUCGAUCAGCAUCUGGUCGCCGGCCAGCAUGUGCGAGAAGGAAACGAUCGACGGCGACAACCAAAGCAACAUCGACAUCGAGAACGAUGACGAGUCGGGCGGCGAGCUGCAGAUCGACGAGUCCUUCCAGGACACCAAGCACAGUCUGUCACACUAUCAGCAGAAUCACCAGCAGCACCAACAGCAGCAGCUGCAGCACCGCGAUCGGCAGCGGGAAACGGCACGCAUCCUCACCGAGUACAACAGCCUGCUGCUGAACAGUGCCGGGCGGCCCUCGUCGGGGGCGCGAUCGUCGCAGGAUUACUUCAACUACAGCAAAAUCAGCAAGGGCUACUUCACACACCUCCAGCAGCAGCAGAAGAACCUGGAGAUCCUGCGCCAGAACCGGACCGACGUGUUCGUCAUCAACAAUGGCAGCAAUGGGGGCGCCACCGUUGGCAACAAUAACAACAAGGAAGGUGUGAAGAACCAAAAUACGAACCACGGUGCAAGUGUUAGUGCACGCCUAAGUGGCGGAGGGCUGGGUAGUGGUGCGGCUAGUGAAAGUGAUACUAAUGGUGAGCUGCUGUUGGGUUACGGGCAGCAGGAAGCUGCGGCGUCGGCGGCCGCUACCCGACCGGACUCAACCCAGGCGCACUCGGACAGUCUGUACGGUAGCUCCAACGAUUCAUCCUCCCAUGUUCACCCUCACACGAUCGUGGGUGGAACGGGGGAGGGGAAAAAGAAUGUCAAACUUUAUCAGUGCAAGCAGUGCGGAAAAACGUUCAAACGCUCCAGCACGCUCUCGACGCAUCUGCUGAUCCACAGCGACACCCGGCCGUAUCCUUGCCAGUACUGCGGCAAGCGAUUCCACCAGAAGUCGGACAUGAAGAAGCACACAUACAUCCACACCGGUGAAAAGCCCCACAAGUGUGUCGUCUGCCUGAAAGCGUUCAGCCAGAGCUCGAACCUCAUCACGCACAUGCGCAAACACUCGGGCUACAAGCCGUUCUCGUGCGGGCUCUGUGAUAAGGCGUUCCAGCGCAAGGUGGACCUGCGGCGUCAUCGCGAAGGUCAGCACAACGAGCACGGUACCGUCCCGAGCCCGGUCGAUCUGGGCGGCGGCUACGAGAUGGCGGCGGCUUCGAAGAUGCUCAACCACAGCCACGGCAGCGAACACGAACACGGGUUGCUCGCGGACGAGGCAGCUGUUGCGGCCAGCUACAGCCAUGCGGACGUUAAGAUGGAGGUGGUCAGCAGUAGCAGCAGCAGCAGCAGUAGUAGCGUUAGCAGUGUUAGCAGUUGCUCCUGA